UUAGCGACUAUCUCUGGCGCAGUGCAGGGUCAUUGGAGACAGUCUAAAGCCAGCUUUUCUUUUUUUUCAGUUUGAUUAUGAUGUGUAUGCAGUAGGGGAAAUGAAUAUAUUAAUGCUGUAGAUAGGAUUUUUUUUUCAAGCAACGAUGUCCUACCUAUAGCCUCAGACUAUCAUUGAACAUAUCUGCCUAACAACAGCAUAUCUGUCACUGAGGACGCUACAAAUGAAAAUUAUUAUUGCUUCCAAAAAGGAUCUUUAGAAAGAAAAACAGAAGAAGUGUGCUGAGGAAAGAGCGUGUGUGAACGAUCAAAAAAAGAGGAGAAAAACAUAAAAGGGAAAGCAGUGGACGAGUGGUUCUUAGAGCAGAGACUGGCUGAAGACUGCAGCCUGGGCUGGAGAGCCAGCGAACUGAGGAAGAGGAGGAAUGCGGCGGCUGGCACAGGAUGCUAAUCUGCAUCAGAGGAAGGGGCAGGGCAGCGGUGUGUGAAUGAGCUGGGGUGAACAGAGGUGAUCGUGCAACAGUAGGGUCACAUCCCUGCCCCUGUGGCAGAAGCUCUGUAGAGUUUUUUUUUCUCCCAGUUGACCCCAUGCCCUAUCAGGAGGAGGAGUGCCCCGAGCAGCCGCUCUGGCGGUCGGUACUCCAGUUCUGCUGCAAGGGGAUGAUCGAGGGCAUCAUCGUCCUGCUUUUCAUCUGGCUGCUGGUGCAGGUCCUGUUCACCAAACACCAGGAAGUUCACUUACAGCUCCUGCUUGGAGUGGGUCUGGCUCUCUUCUGUUUGAGCCUGAUUCUGGGCUGCGUUCUAUGCGGGUGCUGGAGGAGGUCCCCUCUGUCCCAAGACAAGGAGGCUGCGAUUGCUCCUCUUCCCACGCCUUGUGAUCAACCCCUAAGCUCCUCCCCCUCUGGUGACACCACACCGGUCGAGCAGCGGUAUGAGGAACUGGACGGGGACACCCUGGAGCAGCCCUCCUCGCUGAGCUGCUCCACCCCGUCUGACGGCGACUCUGUCGACCUGCCGUUCAUCCCGCGCCGGCGUGCCACCUCGGAGCGGAACGAGCACCCCAAGUCCUUCUUCCCCCUGCGCCGACUUGGCUCGUCUGUGGCCUCGCUCUCGUCACGCACGGCCUGUGGCCGGUCCUCCCUGUCCUCCCUGCCCAGGCUGGGCCUGCUCUCCAUUACCCGGCGGGUGCUGGAGCGCCGCUGCACUGUGACGGGCGACAGCCUUCUGCACAGUGAGCACAGCGGGCUGACCAGCCCCACCCUCAGCACUCUCUCCUCAGAUUCUGUGUUCCAGCCCCAGGCUCUGUCAGAGGAGCUCUACUUCCGCCAUUACGGCUCUGGUUGCAGCAGUCGCGAACCAGCCUCUCAGCUGCACUUCUCUCUGCUCUUCUCUCUGGCUCGGGGCUCUCUGAUGGUCAACAUCCUUGGCAUAUCGAGAGUUCCUCCGGUCAGCCUGGGAGGGGUUUCUGUGCAUGCCAGCCUGCCCCCACUCUGCCCCACUCCUAAGAAGUUAUUGAUCCAGCGAUGUAGCCUAAGCCAUGAGUUUCAGAGCCAGAGCUUCACUUUGCAAGUGGGAUCGAUCGAGGAGCUCCAGAGAUGCACGCUGAAAAUGUCCAUCUUUGCCCAAGAUUUGUCUGGCCUAAAGGAGGAGCCACUGGGGGAGCUAGAGCUUCUGUGUUCAGAACUGGACUGGGAGCCCAACCACACCAUCCCCUGCAGUAAGGAGCUAAGCCCAUCAACAUCCAGGGUUAAAAAGAGUUUGAGUUCCCCAGACCCACCAGGUCCAAGGCUAUUGGCCGGCUCUCAGGAGCCUAUUGGUCAGCUCUAUAUCCUGCUGCAGUACCAGGCCAUUGCCCAUCGCAUUAAGGUCAUGGUUCAGAAGGCAGAAAAUUUGGCCAUGCUGACCCAAAUGACGGGGGCGCAAGAUCACUAUGUGGUAAUCAACCUUCUUCACGAGGGCAGGGUGAUUGGCUCGAAAGAGACCAAAGGGACAGGCAGGUACGACGCGGUGUGGAACACCCCCUUCCUAUUUGACCUGCCACCUGGCGAUGUCACUCAGCUGCCCCUUGUCCUGGAAUUUAUAGUUAUGCAGGGGCGGGUAUUUGUAAAGAGCAGCGAGCUGGGCCGUGUUCUGAUUGGCAGUGUGGCGCCCGAGGCAGGGCAGGCUCACUGGUGGGACAUGUGUAGCAGGGAGCAGGUGGAGACGGCACGCUGGCAUGCUAUCCUGCCUAAAUCACCAUAGAAGAAAUGCGGCAUCAGAGACUGACGGCUUUAUCCACCAGGCUCUCCACUCCCAUUUUCACAUAAUUUCCCUUAUUCCAACAUUGGAACCCUAGACCAAGGG